AGAAGACAAGAGUUUAAGAGACAUCCCACAGGAUCAUAGAGUUAAAGUGAUGAAACGUUUUUGAGUUUUUCUUAACAUAUUUCGGGAAUAUUAUUGCGCACAACGAAUGCAGACAACCACUCAGAACUGGAAAACAAACUCUGAGAAGAAAUGGCAAAUCUACACCUGAGAUACCUCUUGGCUUUGGCUUUAGUGGAUACGGUUUUGUCCUCUGGUGUGUUCGAGCUGAAAAUUCAUUCAUUCCACACGGCGCAACACAUCUGCAGGAGACACAGGGACUGCCAUAUGUUUUUCAGGAUUUGCCUAAAACACCCCGAGGAUGUAAUCUCCGCAGAGCCGCCUUGCACCUUUGGCACUGGACACACCAACGUCAUUAGGGCCGAUCACACCUCGAUAUCUAGUAGCGCUCCCAUCAGGGUGCCAUUCCACUUCAAGUGGCCGGGAACAUUUUCGUUGAUCAUUGAAGCCUGGAACGCCGAAUCUCCGACUGAAUACACAGACAACCAAAACAACCUUGUGAGCCGUCUGGCGACCAGGAGGAGACUCGCCAUCGGGGAGGACUGGUCCCAGGACGUGCACUUUGGCGAACAGAGCGAGCUGCGCUAUUCUUACCACGUCUUCUGCGACGAGUACUACUUUGGAGACGGCUGUGCUGACUACUGCAGGCCAAGAGACGAUACGCUGGGCCACUACACCUGCGACGAGGAGGGCAACCGCAUCUGCCUGGAGGGCUGGAAGGGAAACUACUGCUCUGAGCCCAUCUGCUCGGCGGACUGCAGUGAGAGGCACGGCUACUGCGAGGCCCCAGGGGGCUGUACAUGUCGAAUGGGCUGGCAGGGCCCCUCCUGCAAUGAAUGUGUCCGCUACCCAGGCUGCCUCCAUGGGACGUGCAGCCAGCCGUGGCAGUGCAACUGUCAGGAGGGCUGGGGGGGGCUCUUCUGCGAUCAAGACCUCAAUUACUGCACCAACCACAAGCCCUGUGCCAACGGCGCAACCUGCACCAACACAGGCCAGGGUAGCUACACCUGCACCUGCCGGCCAGGCUUCGGAGGCACCAACUGUGAGCUGGAAACCAACGAGUGUGACAGCAACCCCUGCAAGAACGGAGGCAGCUGCAAUGACUUGGAGAAUGACUACUCGUGCACCUGCCCACAGGGCUUUUACGGAAAGAACUGUGAGAUCAUUGCCAUGACAUGCGCAGAUGGUCCAUGCUUCAAUGGCGGCACCUGUGUGGAGACGAUGACUGGAGGCUACACCUGCCGCUGCCCUCCCAGCUACACUGGCUCCAACUGUGAGAAGAAGCUGGACCGCUGCAGUAACAGGCCCUGUCUGAAUGGUGGUGAGUGUCUGGACCUUGGCCAGGGCGUCUUGUGUCGCUGUCAGGCAGGCUUCACUGGUGCCAACUGCCAGGUUAACAUUGACGACUGCGCCUCAAGCCCCUGCCAGAAUGCUGGAACCUGCCAAGACGGUGUGAACGACUACACCUGCUCUUGCACUCUAGGGUACACCGGCAAGAACUGCAGUGUGCGCUCAGAUGCCUGUGGCGCCCGUCCAUGUCAGAAUGGUGGAACUUGCUUCACCCACUUCACUGGGCCAGUAUGCCAGUGCCCUAAGGGCUUUAUGGGUCCAAGCUGUGAGUUCACCCUCCAACCCAGUUUCAAGCCUGCUCUGCGCCAAACCUCCCAGCCCUCCUCCGUCACCCUCACCGUCUCCUGUGUGCUGGCCAUCUUGGUACUGGUUCUGGUGGCAGGUAUUAUCUUCCUGAGGAGGAGGAGGACACUGCAGGGAAGGAAGCAGCUGAGCGACACUGCAGUCUACAAUGACUUGGAGGCAAUCAACAACCUUGGAGGAAGCGAAAGGGAAGCCUUCCUCAGUCCUAAUGGCCUGUUCAAGAUCAGCAACAGCACGGCUCGGCUCAGCCUCUCCCUCUGCCCUGAUGGAAGAUCUGGGUACAGGCACAAUCCUGUAGAGAGCAGCUUGGCCAGAGGUGAGCGUCAGGGCUUUAUGUGGAGGGACGAGGCCAGCCUGGGCUCUGGGGCUGGGCUGCGAUGAAGCAGAGAGAAGACAUGGACAUUAACGCAGGCAUACAAGAAUAUUAGCACUUGUUGCUCCUCUCUCUUCAUGCACAGAGAAGAGAGGAAAAAAAUCCAUGAGCUGAGAUCUGCUCUGCUCAUGCUGAAGAAGAUAUACCAUUAAAAGUGUAAGUGUAUGAAGCAAAAUAUUGACAAAUGAACUAUUCUGAUGAAGAUGAUGUACAAAGAUUACUGAAAAAGUAUAUGGGGCAAAGCUCUUUCAUGUUUAAGACCCAAAGAAACUAAUAAUAUGAUCCACUUUCAUUGGACCUACAACACAAACCAAAUACAGGAAGUCACAAUAUUCUGACCACGUUUGGAAAACUGACCCAAAUAUGUGUUUUAUUGGGUAUUUAUUUUUAAUCUGUUCAUUUAGUUUAAUUGUUUCUAAUUUUUUUAAACACUGAAUUUUUGUUUUGCUUUUCAAUCUUCCUUUGGCCAUUAUUUCCUUAUUGUGCGUACCAUCAUUUUUAUUCUUUAUAUUAUUUAUUUAUUUGAAAACUUAUGUUAAUGGCUUCACUUUGAUUGUCACAGAUGAAGAUAUAUAUUUAUAUGAUGCUGAAUGAAGACCAACGCUUGAUGUGCACUUGGAUGUUUUAUGGGCUGUAAAGUCUGUGUGAAAUAUCCCAAAGAUAUUAAGUGCAGGGAUAUGAAGAAAAUAUGUUUUAUCACACAAAGUCAGCCAU